AUGGCGUCUUCAAAACUAGUGUCGUCGUCGUCAAGAUCACGAAACUCGGAUCUCUCGCAACGCCCUUCUUCCAAUUCCCCCGCUACAAAACCCAAACCCUCAGCAACCCCAUCUUCCUCCUCCGCUCACCCCCAAACCCUGAACAACCACAGCAACGGCAUCAGUGAUUAUCACAGCACCAAUACGACGUCGUCCAUGCCAAUCGGCUCGAUGACCAUCGACGGCCUCCUCUAUGACCCGAACCCCACCCCCAUGACCGACGCAACCCUCCUCGACGCCCAAAUAACCCUAAUCAACACUGCCUCCGCCGCAGAAAUGAGCACCUCCUCUGCGGCGGUGCCGCAGAAGACCGUCGAUGAGGUCUGGCGGGAAAUUGUGUCCGGCGAGGCUCGGAAGGGGUGUAAAGAGGAAGUUCCGGAUGAUUUGAUGACUCUGGAGGACUUUUUGGCUCGGGCCGGGGCCGUGGAGGAGGACGACAUUAAGGAUAUGCCGCUUGCAAUGCCGCCUCCGGAGACGGAGAGAUUGAGCGGCGGUGUAUUUUCGUUUGAUCCGAUGCCGCAGCUCAGCCCGUUCAGUUCGAUUGAUAAGGUUGAAGGGUCGAUAAUUGGGUUUGGGAAUGGGGUUGAGAUGGUUGGGAGUGGAGGAGUGGGGAGAGGGAAGAGAGGGCGCGCCGUUUUGGAGCCUAUGGAUAAGGUGGCACAGCAGAGACAGCGAAGGAUGAUCAAGAACCGUGAAUCAGCGGCCAGGUCCCGAGAGAGGAAGCAGGUGUGUAAAUGGGGCAUACCAAGUGGAGUUGGAAUCAUUGGCGGUCAGAUAGAGGAGGAGAACGAGCAGCUUUUGAAAGAGAAGGCUGAGAGGACUGAGGAAAGACGUAAGCAGCUAAUGGAAAAAGUCAUUCCAGUUGUGGAGAAGCGAAGACCAGCCCGUGCCCUCCGGAGAGUUCACUCGUUGCAGUGCUUGUUAAUCAGCAUAGUUCAUCGGACGACUGAGGGGACUGCAACUGGAAAUUGGGGGAGAUUGGAUUACUUCUAUUACUUGAUUGCUGCUCUAGGAGCCACUACUUUCUGGUGUGUGCAAAUUGGUACAAGUACAAAGGCUCUGAGAGCAACAAUACCCUUCAAGGUUGAAGUUGAAGAAGUGUCUAAACUACCUGAGGAAAGAAUUGCUGUUUGA